CCCAUCUGUCAAAUUGGAUUCAUGCAAACUGUCAACAGCGAGUUGAAUCCCCUGCAGAAGAUCUUCUUAUUCCACCGCUUGUCCAGCUUUGAUGCAAAUGGGGCGAAGUACUAUGAUCGUAUAACUGGAGCUUGAUAGUGGGGACUACUGUGAACUUCAGGCUCCCGAUAUAGGAUCACAAUCUGCUGAAUGAAUAUGAAAAAAUAAAGAAAGUUGUUACCUAAAGACAGGCCAACGCUGCGGUUUCAUUCAUUUGGUUUGAUUUAAUUUCCCUUCUUACAGCCCUGUCCUCACUACCUCCCAACCUUGACCUCCUCUGCUGUGCAGUUAAAAGCAGCGGGGACUCAUUCCUCUCCGCAGGCCUGGGGCCCUCCCAUCGGUGGCCCACUCUGGCCAUUUGUUGGCGUCUGAUGGCGCGGUGGGGUGCUAAGGGCUGCUGUGGGAGACUGUGAUGUCAGAGCCCAACAGCCCGGGUGAGAGCCAGCGUGGCGCUCCCAGAUUCUUCGUGGGCUGCGAGGACGAUGAGAGCGAGGUGCAGGAGGAUAGCAUGAGGACAGACAUGGAGCCAUAUGAGGACGACGAAGACACAGAUUCGCCCCCAGAGCGACAGAUCGUGGUGGGGAUCUGUUGCAUGAUGAAGAAGUCCAAGUCCAAGCCAAUGACCCAGAUUCUGGAGAGGCUGUGUAGGUUUGAAUACAUCACUGUAGUCAUCUUUCCUGAGGAUGUCAUCCUCAACGAGCCAGUGGACAAAUGGCCUCUCUGUGACUGCCUCAUCUCCUUCCACUCCAAAGGAUUCCCUCUGGAUAAGGCAGUGAGCUAUGCCAAACUGAGAAACCCUCUACACAUCAAUGACCUGAACAUGCAGUACUACAUUCAGGACAGAAGAGAAGUGUACCGUAUCCUGCAGGAGGAGGGGAUUGAACUGCCUCGCUAUGCUGUGUUGAACCGUGACCCAGAUAAACCAGAUGAGUGUAACCUGGUUGAAGGAGAGGACCAUGUGGAGGUGAAUGGGGAGAUCUUCCAGAAACCUUUUGUGGAGAAGCCUGUUUGUGCUGAAGACCACAAUGUGUACAUCUAUUACCCAACAUCUGCAGGUGGUGGCAGCCAGAGACUCUUCAGAAAGAUCGGGAGCCGGAGCAGCGUAUACUCUCCAGAGAGCAGUGUGAGGAAGACGGGCUCCUACAUCUAUGAAGAGUUCAUGCCAACUGAUGGCACUGAUGUCAAGGUCUACACCGUUGGGCCGGACUAUGCUCAUGCUGAGGCCCGGAAGUCUCCCGCUCUGGACGGGAAGGUGGAGAGAGACAGCGAGGGAAAGGAGGUCCGUUACCCUGUCAUGCUCUCUGCCAUGGAGAAACUGGUGGCCAGAAAAGUCUGCUUGGCAUUCAAGCAAACUGUGUGUGGCUUCGACCUUCUCCGAGCUAACGGACACUCCUACGUUUGUGACGUAAACGGUUUCAGCUUCGUCAAGAACUCGAUGAAAUACUACGACGACUGUGCCAAGAUCCUUGGAAACAUUGUGAUGCGAGAGCUGGCCCCGCAGUUUCAGAUUCCUUGGUCAAUUCCAACCGAGGCAGAGGACAUUCCGAUUGUUCCCACCACUUCAGGGACCAUGAUGGAGCUACGCUGUGUCAUCGCUGUCAUCCGUCAUGGAGACAGAACUCCCAAACAGAAGAUGAAGAUGGAAGUCCGCAACCCCAUGUUCUUUGAUCUGUUUGAAAAAUACGAAGGAUACAAAACAGGGAAGUUGAAACUCAAAAAGCCUAAACAGCUGCAGGAGGUGCUGGACAUCACCCGAAUGCUGUUGAUAGAACUGGGUCAGCACAAUGACUGUGAGAUUGAAGAGAAGAAGUGCAAACUAGAGCAGCUGAAGACGGUUUUAGAAAUGUACGGUCACUUUUCUGGGAUCAACAGAAAGGUUCAGUUGACCUACCUGCCCCAUGGGCAGCCGAAGACAUCAAGUGAAGAGGAAGAUACGCGUAAGGAAGGUCCAUCUCUGCUGCUGGUGCUGAAGUGGGGAGGGGAGCUGACUCCUGCUGGCAGAGUACAAGCUGAGGAGCUUGGGAGAGCCUUUCGCUGCAUGUACCCUGGGGGACAAGGAGACUACGCUGGAUUUCCAGGGUGUGGGUUACUACGGUUACAUAGCACUUACAGACAUGACCUGAAGAUCUACGCAUCAGAUGAAGGCAGAGUGCAGAUGACGGCUGCCGCUUUUGCAAAGGGCUUGCUUGCUCUGGAAGGAGAGCUGACCCCUAUCCUGGUUCAGAUGGUCAAGAGCGCCAAUAUGAACGGUCUGCUGGACAGCGACAGCGACUCGCUGAGCAGCUGCCAGCACCGCGUCAAAGCCCGGCUCCACGAAAUCAUGCAGAGGGACAGAGAGUUCAACGAGGAAGACUACGAUCGGCUGGCCCCAACCUGUGGUGCUUCAUUGGUUAAUUCCAUGAAAAUAGUGAAGAACCCGGUGGCCAUAUGUGACCAGGUCUACGCCCUCAUUCAGAGUUUGACAUCACAGAUUCGGACAAGAAUGGAGGACCCAAAAUCUGCUGAUCUGCAGCUGUACCACAGUGAGUCUCUGGAGCUGAUGCUGCAGCGCUGGUCCAAGCUGGAGAAAGAUUUCCGCAUGAAGAACGGGCGCUAUGAUAUCAGUAAAAUCCCUGACAUUUACGACUGCGUGAAGUAUGAUGUCAUACACAACGCCUCACUGGGCCUUCAGGACACACAGGAGCUGUUCAGGCUGUCUCGAGCUUUGGCCGACAUUGUUAUUCCCCAGGAAUACGGCAUAACUAAGGCUGAGAAAUUGGACAUAGCCUAUGCUUACUGCCUCCCAUUGGUCAGAAAGAUCCAGCUUGACCUUCAGAGGACACAUGGAGACGAGUUUGUCAACAAACUACAUCCUCUUUAUUCUCGUGGAGUACUAUCGCCCGGUCGUCACGUCAGGACUCGGUUAUAUUUCACCAGCGAGAGCCAUGUUCACUCCCUGCUCAGCAUUUUUCGAUAUGGAGGUCUCCUUGACGAGGAGAAGGACCAGCAGUGGAAACGUGCCAUGGAUUACCUCAGUGCCGUUUCUGAACUCAACUACAUGACGCAGAUUGUCAUUAUGCUUUAUGAGGACAACAACAAGGACAUUUCCUCUGAGGAGCGGUUCCACGUGGAGCUCCACUUUAGCCCCGGUGUUAAAGGAGUCGAAGAAGAAGAGCAUGCUCCGACCGGAUUUGGCUUCAGACCCGCUUCAGCAGAGGUGCUGGAACCGAACGGGAAGAAAAAGCCAGAUCCUGGCAGUCUGGAGGACCUAUCACGAGAUGAAACAGACCGUGCGGUGCCCAGUUCUGAGCCCAUCACCAUUCAGAGGAAGUCCCCACUCAUUCGCAAUCACAAGACUGGAUCAAUGGAGGUCCUCUCAGAAACAUCCUCUUCUAAAGUUGGCAGUUAUCGUCUCUUCUCCUUUUGCCCACGUCAGUCACCUGAAAUGAAACAGAGCGGCUUAGGCUCUCAGUGUGCCGGACUCUUCAGCACCACCGUCCUAGGUGGCUCCUCUAGUGCACCUAACCUGCAGGACUACGCACGUGCACACCGCAAAAAAUUCUCCACCGGCAGUCUGUCCUACAAAGAUGAGUUGUUGUCUAUGCCGGCAGUAAAACGAUUUUCUGUGUCGUUUGCAAAGCAUCCGACUAAUGGGACACAGGAUGACUCGUCCACCAUUGCAUCGUCUUCGUCUCGCUUGUUCACUUCGUCAGAGCCCUUGGAGGAACACCAUGUGGCCCAGUUGUUGAGGUUUUUAUCCACCGACCUCAGCUCAGGCCGCCGCCUGCUCCCUCUGGACCACACGCUGGCCCACCACCUCCACCAGUGCUCCUACCACCUCCGCCUCUUCCGAAACUGGCUCGUCUCCGGCCAGGACCCCCUAGAGUGCCUCCACGGUUUUGAAGGCUGCUCUAUGGUGCCCUCCAUCUAUCCUCUGGAAACGCUGCACAACUCGCUGUCUCUCAAACAGGUUAACGAGUUCCUCACCAGCGUUUGCGAGAGCGCCGGGGAUCCACACACCAGAACCUCCAGAGCUCUGUCAGCCAUGUUGGGUGCACACAAUCAGCCAUCAGUGGACUCUUACAUCCCUCAGAGGGUCCUCUCUUCCUCCAUGUCCCUCCGAUCUCGCUCUGACAGACCUCCUUGGUACAGCAGCGGUCCAUCCAGCACGGUUUCCAGCGCUGGACCAUCCUCCCCCACCACAGCUGAUACUUCACCACGGUUCAGCUUUAGCGAAAAGGUGUCCCUCACCCCCCAGAGCAGUGAGGAAACCCAUUCCUCUCAGAAUGUUUCCACCCUGCCACCAGCUACAAUCGACACAUCAUCCACUGGUUUAACCCCCACCGAAGUCCCCCUGACUCCAAACAAUUCCCCAGAGGAAGACGCUGAAGCCGGUGGUGGUUCUGAAAAGCAGCCUGACAAUCCUGGACUCCCUGUGGACAGCCAGGAGGUUUCUUCCAUCCCUUUAGACCCAUCUAGUGGUCUGAUCUCAGAUCCAGCCCAGAGAUCUCCCUGCAUGGCUUUAGCAGAGCUCAAUCUGGGUCGGAUGGAGGGUUACUGCCUCCCUGGGUCUUUGCCGGUGCUCCUGGAGCUCAGGGAGAGCAGCAGUGAGGCUGGGUCCAGCUCCCAGACGCCUCAAUCCCCGGAGGGGCCAGACGAGUUCUUUGACACACAGGAGUCCAUGGAGCUGUGGACAGACAGUCCAGAACACGUCCCCCACCCAGAGGCACCUCAGGACACAGAAGCUGUUCAGCCAGCAGAGCCCUGAACAGCUGCUUCCGUCAUCUCCUCUGCAGCAGAGCUGAAACGGGACAGUUUAGAUUAAUUUGUUACACCGUAGAGCCUCAACUGACUGAUCCUAAGUCAGUAUCUGACUUUCGUUUCAACCCAUCUGUUACAGAUUUUUUUUUUUUUUCUUUCAAAGCCCUCUGAUCAUUUUGGUGUCUGUAGGGUGAAAAAAAAAACUUAACUGAGGAGGGAAGUAGUAAAGGUGAUGGAAAAAUCUUGAAAAACUAAAAGUGAUUUUAAAAACCGCAGAGAACUGGGAGAAUGUAAGAUUUGUCAUAUUUUCAUUUGUUUUUAACAUGUUUGAUCUUUCUUCUGUGCUGUAGAGAUGCAGAUUGAAGCAGCUUUACCUUGUAUGUUAUGAGCUGAGCAUAUUCCUGUGCUGUCUUGUCUUCUAGAGCCGCAGCGAUGAUGUUUAACCCUUAAGAGCGCCAGCUGUUACGUUGUCUGUAACAUUCAUUAUGUUUCUCUGGUUUCAGGGCAGCUCUGCUUGUUUCUGACUGAGUUUUUUUUAUGUGGAUGGUGGUUCAGCUGCUAUUGGUUGCAGAGUUUCUGAGAAUGUUUAUCUUAAAAUAAAAAGCCCAUACAUUAGUAGUCAAAUCCUCAUCAGUGUCAAUGUUCAGUCUUAAGGUCAGACGUGUGUGUGCUGAUGAUCGCCAAAGUCCUUAAUCCUUCAGUGAAGAUUUAAUUUACGCAGAAAGAUUUAUUUUAGAAGAGGAUUUUAAAAAGUAAAAUCUGUAUUUUUAAAAACCUGCAUAUUAGAUAUUUAACUAUAUUGUCUAUUCAUAGUUUCAUGCUGUAUGCUGCUUUGAGGAUGUGUAUUUUUUUGCUAAAAACACAUUUAAGUCUAAUUUCAUCACAGAACACAAAGGAGGGCAUUUUACAUUCAAUGUGCUUUUUAUUUUGCGGAGCAGUUUUGUAGCACAUAUCUGCAUGAGAAAGCACCUAUGCUUCAGAAGCUAUUCAAGUGCAUCCCACACUGUGCUAUCAAGGUACAUUUUGAUAACCUGUAGAAAAGAAAUGCAAACUGAGUCUGUGACCUUACUUGACUGUGUACAGAUAAAAAAGGCACCAGUAUGAUUGUGAGUAAGCUUUUUGGUCAAUUUACUCAAAUAAACCAUCAGACUUGUCUUCAAUUGCAAUUGUGCUGUUAUUUUAUGGAUUUUAUGUUAUAGUAUUUAUUACAGUUUUAAACUAUUCCUAUCCACUCCUCUCAUGAAUCUAGCAAAUAUGAUCCUGUACUAAUUAAAAAAGUGAGACACAAGGUAAUUAGAAUCUGAUAUUGGUGGAUUUAAAAACUAUCUGAUGUGGGAAAAAUGAAGUAAUAGUUUCAGAAAAAGCACUGUCAGAUAUGGUAUUAACAGUCAAAGUUACCUAAUUUUUUCCAAUAUGAUUUUAAAAAGAUUCAUCAGCUCAUUAAACAACUUUAAGUUGCAAUAUUUAACCCUCCCUGUGAGGAUUUUACUCAUUAAACUGAAACACUGGUGCUUGAUGAUUCAACCGGCAGUGAUUGGAAACCUUUGCUCUGAUUUAAGUGUGAUUGUUAUCUGCUGCAUUACUUAAACAUUUUUCUUUUUCAGUAUAUAUAGUUUCUGUAACUUCUGUAGUGUAUACAUUUAGAAAAGUAUUCUUUAUUCAGCUUUUGUUUCACAUGUAUGCGAUUAUUUUAUCCAGUAUUUGUCUUUGGUGAUAAUGAGGUUUGUAGCAUUGUUAGCUCUGCUGAAAAGAUUUCCCCACAAUGCACUAUUCUUCCAUUGUGUACAGAUAUGUUUAUAAUAACUAUUGCAUAAUCUUUUAUU